AGGUGAAAGCGGGGGAGGUUGUCCCUUAGUUAAGUUUCUAACUUCCUUCCCUGACAUCACCAACGAACCAAACCCCACUUUCCAAAUUUCUAUCCUUUAAACAUAGGAUCGCAUCUCAUCCAUGUCCAUGCCCAUGCCCAUGGACUCCACCAAACGCCAAAAAGAAGAAGAAGAAGAAGAAGAAGAAGGUCUGAUCCCAGGUCUGCCAGACCACAUAGCCCAACUAAGCCUCGCAUCACUGCCUCCAAAGCUGCUAUUCACACUCUCCCACUCAUGGCGACGCCUUCUCUACAGCCCCACCUUCCCACCCUUCAACUGCCUCUACGCGCUGCUCGCCCCGCCCCACAGCCCGUCACUGCACUUCCACGCUUACGACCCUCUCUCCGCCACCUGGCAAGCCCUCCCGCCGCCGCCCCCUGAGCCGCCCCUCCUCCUCCGCCACCCGGCCUUCCUCUCCCGGAGCCUCGCAGUGCAGUCCAUCUCCCUGGGGGGGCGCCUCCUCCUGCUGGCGGCCACCACGCACAACCUCACCCCGGCCCUCCCCCGGCCCCUCGUCUUCCACCCGCCCUCCCGCUCCUGGUCCCACGGCCCCCCACUCUCCCCCCGCCGCUGGUCCCACGCCGCCGCCUGGGAGUGGCAGCCCAAAGCGCAGCUCAGGGACGCCAGGUUCAGCCGCGAGGCCGUCGACGCCGUCGGCUGGAGAGGCACCCUCUGCAUGGUCAACGUCAAAGGCGACGCCGCCAAAGAGGGUGUCGUCUACGACGUCGCUGGGGACUUCUGGAAGGACAUGCCCGAGGGCAUGCUCAAUGGCUGGAGAGGACCCGUCGCCGCCAUGGAAGAACGUCUCAUGUUCGUCGUCGACGAAGCCAAGGGCGCGCUCAGGAAAUACAUCCCCCAACAAGACGCCUGGGAAGACAUUCUCCACAAUCACAGACUCAAGGGAGCCCAACAGCUCGUCGCUCAUCAAGGCAAACUCUGCGUCGUUUCGCCUUCCGGGAUUUCCGUCGUCGACGUGGCGGCCGCGCCGCCGCGGAUUUUUCCCGUCAAGUUGCCGGAAGGGCUUGAGCCGGUCGCCGUUCACGUCUUGCCCAGGAUGCCCCUACUACACUGAGGAUUUCUUUUAUUUUAAUUCUUUGUAAGAAAGUAAAAUGGGAAAUUAAAUUAGAUGGGAGAAUCUAGUGGCGUUGUUUGUAUUUUUUUUUUUUUUUUUUUUUUUCACGGAGUAUCUAC